AGUCCCAUACCCCUCUGCCCCUGCUCAUUCACUAUAAAUUCUCAUCUCUGUCAAAGCUUCAUUCCGCUCUCGUCUCUCACAUUUCACUACUCUCCUUCUUCUUAAUUUUUUCAGUCAUGGCUUUUGGUACCAGAGCAGCUUCUCCUUUCGACUGCAUCAUCUUCGAUUUAGACGACACCUUGUACCCUUCCACCACCGGAAUCGGCGCCUCCGUCAAGAAAAACAUCGACCUCUUCCUCAUCGAGAAAUGCGGCUUCUCACCGGCUAAAGCCUCCUCCCUCCGCGUUGAACUCUUCAAAACCUACGGCAGCACCCUCGCCGGUUUGCGAGCACUAGGCUAUGAUGUCAGCGCUGAAGAUUACCACAGUUUCGUCCACGGAAGGCUACCUUACGAUCAAAUCAAACCUGAUUUUCAGUUACGCAACCUCCUACGCUCCAUCCAACAAAGAAAAAUUAUUUUUACAAAUUCAGAUAGGAUUCACGCGCUGAGAUCGUUGGAUCGUCUCGGAAUCCAGGACUGUUUUGAGCAAAUCAUAUGCUUCGAGACCAUGAACCCGAAUCUCCCUCACGCGACCCGACCCGAUGAGUUCCCGGUUCUGCUGAAACCGUCGCUGGAUGCUGUCAAGGUUGCUAUCCACACUGCCAACGUGGAUCCUCGUCGUACGCUGUUUUUGGAUGACAGUGUUCACAAUGUUGCUGCGGGAAAAGAAAUGGGUCUUCACACAGUAUUGGUUGGGAAGACGGUGAAAUGCAAAGGAGCAGAUUAUGCGGUGGAGAGUGUGCAUAGUGUUGCUGAGGUGAUUCCGGAGAUCUGGGCAAAUGGAAUGGACGGUGGAGAUGAUGAUCAGAGGAUCAAACGGUCGAAGAGCGAAUUGGAUUCUGUUCUCUCAACUGCUGCAGUUGGAGCUUGAGGAGGUGUGAAUGAAUCUGAUGCUGCUGUAAAUACCCGACCAAUAAAACAAACGAUGAUGUGAUGUGACCAGCAAAAUAAAAAAUCAUAUGGAUGAUGACGAAGACUAUGAGCUAAUGUCACCCUCCAUGGCCAGAUUUAUUGGCGUCAUGUUAAUCAUGUGUGAAUAUUGUAAAGAUGUCAUCAUGGUGUACAAAUUAACCAUCGUCCACGGAAAUUAAUAAAAUAUCCUAAUUGUAUCAAA